AUAACUAAGUGUUUACACUUUACAUUUUUUGCGAAAAGCAAAAGUCUUUACACUUUCCCAAACAAAAACCCUAGAAUCUCUCUAGAUAUUCUUCCUCUCUGGCGCUUCUCUCCGGUGCUUCUUUUCCUCUUGUUUGCUUACCAUGUUGUCAAAUGGGAAAUCGAAAAGAGGUGGUCGUGGUGGCAGAUCCGGCGGUGGUGUUCGAAUUAACAGUGGCGGUCGAUCAAACGGAGUUGGUGGGUCGUCUUCUCACUCUUCCAACCCGUCUUCUUACGAGACUGGUUCGGUUUCUCGGCCGGUGUUACCUAGUCAAUAUCCAUCAUCGUCUCAGCAACGACCUCUCCGUCAGCCACAACCAGCAGCUCAAGCUUCACAAACGAUGUACCUGAAUCCCCAUCAUCAACCACCGCCUCCUCCAAAUCCGGAGCAUCAACCGCCACCUUCUCCAAAUCCGGAGCAUCAACCACCGCCUCAGGAGCCGAAUCAUGAGCAACAAGACUUUCAGCAGUUGUUGGAUGCUGUAAUGGCUCUUCCUGGAAGACAACGUCUACCAAUCUUGAGUCAACAAGCUAUCCCUGAUCAUGAGACUAUCUGGUUUGGACAAGACAACGGGAAACUGGCUCGAGUCAUAUCUGGAAUAUUUCGGAGGAAGUUCGAUGGUCCCUACUUCAGCUGGAAAGUGACGCCUAUACACAUCCAAGAAAGAUACUUCAGAACCUUUGCGCGGAAAUACAACUGGGACAGCGGGAUUACCGAUCUGGUGAGAGAAAACUUCCUGACUAUCGCUAGAAGACGGAUGAAGGGAAUUGUGUCUCAAGCUAAGAAGAGUGGUGAGAUGCCUGUUUGGAUUCACCCAGAUCUUUGGGUUGAAAUGUGGAACCAUUGGGACACUCCUGAAGCUGUUUAUAAGAGCACUAAUGCAUCAGAGUGCCGUAACUCCGACCGUGGCGGUCUUGGAGUCCACAAACACUUAUCUGGACAGAAAUCAUACGUGCAAGUUCGACAAAAUCUGGAGGAAAAAUUGGGGCGUCCUGUAUCCCUUGGAGAAGUGUUUAUGUCAACACACACAAGGUCAGAUGGAAGUUUUGUUGAUCAAAAGGCUAAACAUGUCGAUGAUGCUUAUGAGAAGAACUUAGAGGAGAAAUUGUCUGAAAUAGAUGUUGAUGGUUCCGAAACUUCAGAUCCUUCGUCUCAACAAUCAACUCAACGAACCCUCACCAUUCAAGAAAAAGAUGACAUAUUUCUUAAGUGUACUUUCACAGAUAAUAAGGGAAACCCCUUUGGACUUGGACAGCUGAAAGAGACGAUAAAAAAAGGGAAGAGAAAAGAGAGUUAUGGAAGCUCCUCUUCUUCGUCUUCACUGUUAGAGAUGCAAGAAGAUCUUGUAGCUGCUCGUCGUAAGCUUGCUGAAGUGGACCAAGAAAAUGCUAGACGUGACGAGGAGCGACGCAAAGAUCAAAGUCGCAUCACAAGCUUGGAGAUGAUGGUCUCCUAUAUGAGGAACAAAGAUCCUGCCUUUGCAGAAUUUUUGGCUACUCAACAGCCAGAAGCAACUGCAGCAGCAACUGUAGCUUCUCAACCACCAACCACCGCAGCAGCCACCGCAGCAGCCACCGCAGCAGCCACCGCAGCAGCCAUCCCACCUGCCAACGCACCAUACUCUUCACCAGCUGCCACUUCACCCAUGUCUAACACUUCUUCAUCCUCUCCCUUGGCUUAGACCUUUUCUAACAAUUAUUCAUCCUCUGUUUUAGACCUUUUAAUCUACUUUGGCUUUUGUUAUGGAUGAUGAUUUUAGGUUUGGUUUUUGUAGUACUGAAUUAUUUUUUGGGUUUCUAAUAUAAAUCAUAUUAGGAUUUCUUUUAAA